GAGAGAGAGAGAGAGAGAGAGAGAGAUAAAGGGGUCCUCCAAAGAUUAUGCCCCAAAGCCAAAGCCGAAGCCAAAGCCAAACUUGGCUUUGAUUUUGAGAGAGAAUCCAAAGGAUUUCUCACUACAAGAACGCCAAGAACUGAAACUGAAGUUCUUUCUCUCCUACACACUUCACAAAUAUAAACACACAUAGGAAAAGGGGAAAAAAAGAUAGAAAAAUAGAAGAACACACACCAAAAAAAAAAAAAGAAAAAAAAGUUCUCAGUUUUUUGAUAUACAUGCAUAGAUACCUGUAAAGGGGGCAGAGAGAGAAAGGAUUGUUGUAUUCUGAUAGUUUCAAUCAAGCCCUCCUUCUCUUUCUUCUUAUCCCAUACAUAUUGGACUGUGGUCUGCUGAGGAAGAACAGCAAUUUGGUUGAUUUUUAACAGGGAGACCUAGUUCUCUUCGGGUUGGGAUCCAGAAGACAUGUUGAAGGACAGGCCUUGUUUGGUUUCAAGGGAUUAUCCUAGGACCUGCGAACGAGAAGGCAAUUGGCGUAAGCGACCUUUGGAGACGAAUGGAGAGGAAGAAGAUGUUGUCCGGAAGGUGCCUAAGCAUUCAGCAGAUCAGAUAGAUACUGCUUUGUCAAUUGGCGGGAUUUUAAUGUCAGUUCCUGACCAAUCAGGUAGUCAGCAGAAUGAUGGUGAUAAUUCUGAUUCGAGUUCAUUAAUUGCUGCCAUUGGCCGCGACAACUCGGUUAGUUGUCUUAUCCGGUGCUCCAGGGCCGAUUAUGGUGCGAUUGCAUCCUUGAACCGGAGUUUCAGGUCACUUAUUAGGAGUGGCGAGCUUUACAAAUUGAGGCGGCAAAAUGGCGUGGUAGAGCAUUGGGUUUAUUUUUCCUGCCAGCUGCUGGAGUGGGAGGCCUUUGACCCUAGUCGCCGCCAUUGGAUGCAUUUACCAAGUAUGAAUCCUAAUGAUUGCUUUAUGUUUGCGGAUAAGGAAUCUUUAGCUGUGGGGACUGAGCUUCUUGUUUUUGGGAGGGCUCUCGACUCCCACGUGAUUUAUCGUUACAGUUUGUUGACGAACACGUGGACUACCGGAAUGCGUAUGAAUGAGCCAAGAUGUUUGUUUGGGUCUGCAAGCCUCGGGGAGAUCGCAAUAUUGGCUGGUGGUUCUGACUCACAUGGUAACAUCCUCAGUUCCGCAGAGUUAUACAAUUCCGAGACAGGAAAGUGGAAGCCACUCCCGAGCAUGAAGAAACCGAGGAAAAUGUGUUCUGGGGUUUUCAUGGAUGGAAAGUUUUAUGUGAUUGGAGGGAUUGGAGGAGCUGAUUCCAAGCUUCUCACUUGCGGAGAGGAAUAUGAUUUGGAAACUGAAACUUGGACAGAAAUCCCUAACAUGUCCCCGGUGCGGACUGGUGCAGCAAGGGAUAACGAGCCACCUGCUACAUCUGAAGCACCACCUUUGAUUGCUGUUGUAAAUAAUGAAUUAUAUGCUGCUGAUUAUGCUGAGAUGGAGGUGAGAAAAUAUAACAAGGCUAACAGGGCGUGGAUUACUGUAGGAAGACUGCCAGAACGUGCCGACUCUAUGUACGGAUGGGGUUUAGCAUUUAGGGCAUGCGGUGAUCGUCUUAUUGUGAUUGGGGGGCCACGGAAUGCCGGUGAGGGUUUCAUUGAAGUGAACUCAUGGGUUCCAAGUGAUGGUCCGCCGCAGUGGGAUUUGCUUGGCCGAAAACGAUCAGGCAGUUUUGUUUAUAAUUGUGCUGUGAUGGGAUGCUGAAACGUUCGCGUAUUGCCGGCACCAGAAACAUUUGGUGGCGUAAAAUCCUCGUUGAAAAUCGGUUCCCGGAUGCACCGGAUUCUCGCUAAUGGGUAAUUUUUCCGAACUUUCCGAUUUUGUUAUUUUCUUUUGAGUGGGAGGAGGAUAGGAAGGACUAUCAAAGUUUACUCAAGAUACAAGUGAUAUGUUUUCUUUCAUGUAGUCUUGAGUAGAAUUUUUCUUUUCUAAACUUGAUCAGUAUUUUCUAUUCUUUUGAGUUGUCUUCUCCCAGUCAAGUAACAUCAGGAGGUCUUCAAGUUGGCGUCACAUAGCAAAGAAAUAGGUUUAAUAACUUGGAAGGAGAGUUAGGUGUCUGUUAGUGUUUGCUUAAGGUUGUCAUAAACAAAACAUAGAAUUGGUAUUUCGGGCUUUUAUGGUCCGUGAUUUCUUGGCAUCAUCUUGAUGGGAGAAAUAAAGUCCGAACAUGUUACUGGAAACAUGGCCUUUGUAAUGAUCUGAAUUGUUGUUGCAGUCUAUGGGCUAUAAAACAAUCCUUCUCUUCAUCUCAA